AUGCGGGAGGCGAGCGUGGAGCCCAACGUCUUCAGCUACAGUGCUGGGAUCAGCGCCUGUGAGAAAGGCGAGCAGUGGCAGCGGGCCGUGUCGCUGCUCUGCGAGAUGUUGGAGUCGAAGGUGGAGCCCAACACCAUUAGCUACAGUGCCACGAUCAAUGCGUGCGGGAAAGCAGAGCAAUGGCAGCAAGCGGUGGCACUUCUCCGCGAGAUGUGGGAUACGAGGCUUGACCCAGACGUCGUCAGUUCUAGUGCGGGGAUCAGCGCGUGCGAAAAAGGUGGGAAGUGGCAACUGGCUUUGGUGUUGCUCAGCGAGAUGUGGAAUGUUAAGGUGGAUCCCGACAUCAUGUGUUACAACGCCGGGAUACAUGCCUGUGGGAGCGGGGGUGAAUGGCAGCAGGCAUUGUUCCUGCUUAGUGGGAUACGGGAUUCGAGGUUGGCGCCGAAUGUCAUCAGCUACAGUGCUGGGAUAAGCGCUUGCGAGAAAGGGGGAAACUGGCAGCAGGCGUUGUCGCUGUUCCGAGAGAUGGGGGAUGCGAAGGUGCAGCCUGCCGUCAUCACCUACAGUGCCGGGAUUAGCGCGUGUGAGAAGGGUGGCCUGUGGCAGCAGGCGCUUGCGCUGCUCACGGAGAUUGGGGGGGCCAGAUUGGCGCCAGACGUCAUCAGCUACACCGCCGGGGUCAGCGCCUGCGAGAAGGCGAGGCAGUGGCAGCGGGCGGUGUCGCUGUUCCGCGAGAUGCGCGGCGCGAGGUUGGAGCCGAACGUGUCAGCUACAGCGCUGCGAUCAGCGCAUGCGAGAAGGGCGAGCAGUGGCAGCGGGCUUUGGCGCUGCUCAGCGAGAUGCGGGAAGCGACGUUGGAUCCCAACGUCAUCAGCUACAGCGCUGGUAUCAGCGCUUGUGAGAAGGGCGGGCAGUGGCAGCGGGCUCUGGCGCUGCUCAGCGAGAUGUGGGCAGCGAAGCUUGACUCUGACGUCAUCAGCUACAGCGCUGGGAUCAGCGCUUGUGAGAAGGGCGGGCAGUGGCAGCGUGCUCUGGCGCUGCUCAGCGAGAUGCGGGAAGCGAAGCUUCAAUCUUACCUCGUCAUCAGCUACAGCGCUGGGAUCAGCGCGUGCGAGAAAGGCGGGCAGUGGCAGCGGGCUCUGGCGCUGCUCAGCGAGAUGCGGGAAGCGAAGUUCGAGUCCGACGUCAUCUUCAGCUACAACGCUGGGAUCAGCGCGUGCGAGAAGGGUGAGCAGUGGCAGCAGGCUUUGGCGCUGCUGAGCGAGAUGCGGGAGUGUAGGUUAGAGCCCUGCGUCAUCAGUUACAACGCUUGUAUCUACGCGUGCGAGAGAUGCGGCCAGUGGUGGCCAGCGUUAUUGCUGCUCAGCGAGGUUCGGGAGAGCAAGGUGGAGCUGAGCCAACUCAGUUACAACUUGGGUAUAUCAGCAUAUGAGAGAUUUUCUCGCGACUCAGCAGGAUGUCCUGGCUUCUUUCGGAUCGGUCUGUCGCGCUGUUGAAGAUCAUACGAAGCAGUGUACGUGCGCGAGUUUGUAGGACAAUGCCGGGCAGCCAGUGCGAUUUCGAGGACACAUAUAAUAUAUUCAAUGUGUGGGUUGCCACCUGUAGCACAGGAAGCCUUCUUGGUUGCCAUUCCAUGGGCCCGCACUGGAGCAUCUGCAGCGCUGGGGUAUGCGCGUCGACAGGGUAUGCGCCGGACCAUCUGCAGCGCUGGGGUAUGCGACCUGGGAGGCGAAGAUGGAGCCCAACGCCAUCAUGUACGUGUGUCACUCCCCGAUGGGCGCGGCCGCGAGCCUCAUGGCGCCCCUCCGCCCAGGUGGCAUGGGGCAGGUGGUCAGUGCCUGCAUACGACGGCCUCGGGCGCACCGGUGCGCCGGGCGGCCCGCCUCGUCACGAAGGACCCGGAGCCAGAGCGGAAGCUCGUGGACGCGUGCUACGUCGCCGAGGGUCCCGCCUAUCACCUACCAGUCGAAACACGACGCGUUCCACGGCCGACACGUCGGCGCCGUCGAGGGCGGCGCGGACUCCUCGGUGAUCUAAGGCCACAAAGCGGUCCUGCCGGGCGCCCUCGACCUGGCCGAGCUCCCCCUCCAAGAGUACGGGGCGGACUACGUCUGCGAGUCUACCGGCGCGUUCCUGGCCGACCCAAGGUGCGAGAGUACGGAGCACGCCGAGGAGCGUCGGGCGAUCAAGGAGAAUUGGUGUUCCUCGAGCUCUCCCCGUGCAUCCGGGCGCCCUUGAGGCCGAAAAGGGGGCUUCGUUCCAGGAUCAGCGUUCCUCAAGAUAGUAGUUGGACUGCACCCGGAUCGUUGUGUCGUCGUGCCCGCGGCGGCGUGGCCGCUUGUCGAGCCAGCGAGGCUCUCACAGAUGUGAGGCGGUCCAACGCUCGAGGGCCAUGUGCCCGUUUGUGCGCCGUCGGUGUUCUUUUCUCCGCGGUGCUUAUCCAGGUCAUCAAGACCAAUGGAGGCCGAAAGCGUCCGACUGACUCGAUCCUGCAAGAAGUUGGGUGCAUAUGAUGCGGCCAGCCUGGG